CGGGCUCCGGCUCGGCGCACUCCCUCCGCGGCCGCCGAGCCGAGCGGACGCCCCCGGGGCCGCGCUGCCGCCCUCCGUGCUCCGCUCUAUCAUGCCCGGGGCCCGGGCCGGGGCCGCCCGAGCAGCCAGGACACCAUGCCCGAGGGCGGCGGCGGCGACGGCGGGGAGGUGCCCGCGCUCAUCCCGGACGGCGAACCGCUACGGGAGGAGCAGCGGCCCCUGAAGCAGUCCCUGGGAAGCUCCCUGUGCCGGGAGUCGCACUGGAAGUGCCUGCUGCUCACGCUGCUCAUCCACGCCUGCGGCGCCGUGGUGGCCUGGUGCCGCCUGGCCACGGUGCCGCGCCUGGUCCUGGGACCCGAGGCGGCCUUGGCCCGCGGUGCUGGCGGCCCGCCGCCCACCUACCCAGCCAGCCCCUGCUCCGAUGGCUACCUGUACAUCCCGCUGGCCUUCGUCUCCCUCCUCUACCUCCUCUACCUGGCCGAGUGCUGGCACUGCCACGUGCGCUCAUGCCAGGCGCCACGCACGGACGCGCACACCGUGCUGGCGCUCAUCCGGCGGCUGCAGCAGGCACCGCCGUGCGUAUGGUGGAAGGCCACGAGCUACCACUACGUGCGCCGCACGCGCCAGAUCACGCGUUACCGCAACGGCGACGCCUACACCACCACGCAGGUGUACCACGAGCGCGCCGACAGCCGUACGGCGCGGGGCGAGUUUGACUACUCGGCCCACGGCGUGCGUGACGUCUCUAAGGAGCUCGUGGGGCUGGCCGAGCACGCGGCCACGCGGCUGCGUUUCACCAAGUGCUUCAGCUUCGGCAGCGCCGAGGCCGAGGCCUCGUACCUCACGCAGCGGGCCCGCUUCUUCAGCGCCAACGAAGGCCUGGACGACUACCUGGAGGCGCGCGAGGGCAUGCAGCUGAAGGACGUGGACUUCCGCGAGUCGCUCAUGGUCUUCGCCGACCCGCGCAGCCCGCCCUGGUACGCCCGCGCCUGGGUCUUCUGGCUCGUGUCGGCCGCCACGCUGUCCUGGCCGCUGCGCGUGGUGGCCGCCUACGGCACCGCGCACGUGCACUACCAGGUGGAGAAGCUGUUCGGGGCCAGCUCGCCGCCACCGCCACCGGGCGCCGGGCCCAGCGGGCCCCCGCUGUCGCGCGUGGCCACGGUGGACUUCACCGAGCUCGAGUGGCACAUCUGCUCCAACCGGCAGCUGGUGCCCAGCUACUCGGAGGCCGUGGUCAUGGGCGCCGGCUCGGGCGCCUACCUGCGCAGCUGCCAGCGCUGCCGCCGCUCGCUCAGCAGCACCUCGCUGCCCCCGGCACGCCCCAGCGCGCCCCGGCUGCCCUUCAGCCGCAGCCGCCUCUCGCUGGGGGCCGGGGGCCGCGCCCCACGCGGGGUCUUCCGCAGCUUGAGUGGAGGGCUGCUGGGACCCCGGCGGGAGGACACGCAGCCGCUGGAGAGCCCGCCCGAGCCGCUGGAGAGCCCGCCGGGCUACGAGGAGGCGCUCUACUUCCCGGUGCUCAUCGUCCACGGGGACAGCGGCUGCCGGGGAGACGGGCAGGGCGCGCUCUGAGACGCCCC